AUGACCAUCCCUUCGACUUCUAAGCCUCAGAUCAGACGGGUCCCAAACACAACCGACCCUGAGGCAAUAUGGAACAUUGUCGAGGAAGACGGCGCGGUCAUCAUCGAGGGCUUCCUAUCCCCUAACACUUUGCAACGAUUCAAUCAAGACCUCGACGGGAUCGCUAAGGUCGUGCCCACGGGAAGAAAGUUUCUAUAUUUCGACGACCCAAUGCCCAAGACCUUGAGAUGGAUGAGUUAUCUCCCCAUACUCUCCAAGACCUUCCGCCACGACAUCCUCAACAAUACCACUCUCCACCGCGUGUGCGAAACUGCGUUCAAGGAGACUGGAGACUACUGGAUGAUCACCGGGACGGCGAUGGAAGAUCAUCCAGGCGACGACGGGCAGGUCCUACACCGUGAUGAAGCCACUCAUCCGGUGAUCCGCCAUAUGCCGCUUGGUGCACCUUUGCUCUCUAUUAGCUGGAUCACGGCUGUGACGGAUUUCACCGAGGAGAACGGAGCUACCCGACUGAUCCUCGGAAGCCACAAAUGGGCCGAAAAGGGCGACCCCCUAGAGGAGCUCACUGUACAGGCGACCAUGAAGGCCGGAGAUUCUCUGCUCAUGAAUCAGGGAAUGGUGCAUGGGGGUGGGGUCCAUCGAGGUGAAGAAGCCCGGCGGCUCCUUCUUACCCAGAUGGCGUCUUGCCAGCUGGCACAUACUGAAACCUUCAUGUCCGCACCUCGCUCAAUUGUUGAGACCAUGACGCCUCUGGCCCAGAAGAUGAUCGGCUGGCGCACAACUCGUCCACUGCCCACUAAUAUCAGUGGGUUGAUGAAUUUGAAGCUGGGCUGUCUGGAGGAUGAGAUAGAAUUGCUGUCAAAUCAGCCAGACAUAUUUGCUUAG